CACCUAGCACUCGCCCGCACCAUGGCCUCAGUCUCGGAGCUCGCUUGCAUCUACUCUGCCCUCAUUCUGCACGACGAUGAGGUGACGGUCACGGAGGAUAAGAUCAAUGCCCUCAUUAAAGCAGCCGGUGUAAAUGUUGAGCCUUUCUGGCCAGGUUUGUUUGCAAAGGCUUUGGCCAAUGUCAACAUCGGGAGCCUCAUCUGCAAUGUGGGGGCUGGGGGACCUGCCCCAGUAGCUGGUGCUGCACCAGCAGGAGGUCCUGCCCCAGCCACCGCUGCCCCAGCUGAGAAGAAAGUAGAAGCAAAGAAAGAAGAAUCUGAAGAGUCUGAUGAUGACAUGGGCUUUGGUCUUUUUGAGUAAACAAACCUUUA